AAAAAGGUAAGCCCAAAAAUGGAUCCCCCAACAUUUUGGGAAUUUUUUACAAAGAACAAACAAACGGAUACAAUUUCUUUUUUGUUUCUGUGCAGAACAAACUAAAAACCUUCUGCUCUUGAUAUACAAAGAAGAAACGAAGGGGCUAAAUGAUUCCGCCACUCGUGCGCACGUUAGCAAUAGGCUCCAUUGUUCUUCUUGGUGGAGCUAUCACUAUCUCUGCACUCACCACUUCAGUCCUUCGCCGUAAAGCCUUAAUUAAAAAGGAAAAGUUUGGGAAGCUUUGUUGGUAUUGUAGAGGAAAUGGAUUUUAUAAAUGUAAGCUUUGCCAUGGAAAUGGUAAAAUAAAGUGGUCACCCCUUUAUGAUCCUGUAUUUGUAAAUCCAUGUGUUUGUCCUACUUGCGAUGGGAACAAGGUACAGCGAUGUCUCAAUUGUUUAGGAGAUGGACGGAUAUAACUAAGAGUGAAAUGCACUCUACCUGUUUGAUAAAAAGACAAUGUGCCACCAUUUGGAAUCCAAAAGCGGAGAAUCGAAUCAUUACCAAUUAAGUGAGUGUUCAGAUAGUCAACCGAUUGUUAGUAAGAUUUCCCAUUCCUGAACAAACAUUUUAAUUAAGAACAAUGUUUAAUUUAUUAGAGUAGUCAUUAAUCUUCCCUUGAA